AUGCAAGAGUUAGAGAGAGCUACAGAAGAUGAUGAUGGUAAUGAGCUCUGGAAUGGUCAAGGAUCAAACAAGCGCUAUGCUCCACCUGGUCCUGCUGAAACACAGACUUGGUACAAGAAAAGAAGAGUUUCAAAUCAACCUAACCCUCUGAAUUCUACAUUUCAUACCAUCAAAUCCAUUAAUACUGGUGAUCCUUCAUUUUAUGGUGAAGAAAGUGAUAUCAAUAAGUCUUCAAUGUCAUUUGAUGAUUCAAGAGAUAGUUCAAACAUAUACCACCACCACUCGAGUUUUAAUGAUCCAUUGGUUUCCACUGCCGCUCUUUCAGAUAAAGCUAGAGAAAUUUUUAAAUUUCAAAAUUUCAACAAGAUGCAAUCCAAAUCUUUUCAAACAGUUUAUCAUGAAACUAAUAACUGUGUGAUCAGUGCUCCCACAGGAUCUGGUAAAACUGUGUUAUUUGAACUUGCCAUUUUGAAACUUUUAAAUUUUGAAUCAGAUACGAAUAAUCUCAAGAUCUUAUACAUUGCACCUACAAAAUCACUUUGCUUAGAGAAAGAAAAUGAUUGGAGAUCUAAAUUUUCUACAUUUGGACUAACAGUUGGUGCUUUAACUAGUGAUACAAGCUUUACUGAAACUGAUAAAGUCAAAAAGGCAAAUAUUAUAAUUACUACACCUGAAAAAUGGGAUUUGAUGACAAGAAAAUGGAAUGAUUAUUCAAAAUUAUUCAAGCUUAUCAAAUUAUUGCUUGUGGAUGAAAUUCACAUUUUAAGAGAUAAUAGAGGUUCAACUUUAGAAGUCGUUGUCACAAGGAUGAAGAAAAUCUGUAGGCCUCUUAGGAUAAUUGCACUUUCAGCUACUGUACCAAAUAUUCAAGACGUUUCAGGCUGGGUGAAAUUGAACUCUGAAAGUCCUCAGAAUGCAGUAACUUUGGUUUUUGGUGAUGAUUAUAGACCAGUAAAAUUGGAAAAGGUAGUUUUGGGCUAUAAACAAACAAUGAAUGAUUUUGCUUUUGAUACUUUUUUGAAUCCUAAACUUGCUGAUGUUAUAAGAGAACAUUCAAAUUCAAAACCAGUUUUAGUGUUUUGUCCAACUAGGAAUUCUACUGUUUCCACUGCUAAAUAUCUUGCAAAAAGCUCAGUUCUUUCAGGUGGUAAUCAUGGGAACUUAGCAUCAAUAAGAGAAAAAGAGUUAAGAGAAUUAUCAAAUCAGGGUGUUGCUUAUCACAAUGCUGGAUUGUCUCUUCCUGACCGUUUGGCUGUUGAAUCUAAUUUCAUAAAUGGAAGUACAAGAAUCCUAUGCUCUACAUCAACAUUGGCCGUAGGUGUAAACUUGCCAGCAUACCUUGUUGUUAUUAAAGGUACAAAAGGUUGGACCGGUAUUGCAUUCCAUGAAUAUUCUGAGUUAGAUCUUUUACAAAUGAUGGGACGUGCUGGAAGACCACAAUUUGAAACUGAAGGUAAAGCUAUUUUAUUAACAUCAUCUGAAAAACAAUCACAAUAUGAAAAAUUGGUUAAAGGAAAUGAAAAAUUAGAAAGUCGACUACAUGUGAAUCUUUCUGAAAAUAUUGUACCUGAAGUCUACUUGGGUACCAUUAAAUCAAUUGAAGGUGCUAUUGAAUGGAUGAAGUUAACAUUUUUUUACUCAAGAUUCAAAUCAAACCCAACAGCUUAUGAUGAAAUACCAUAUAUACAGAAUGGAAGCUUAGAUGACCGUUUAAUGAAUUAUACGGAGUCAAAACUUCGUGAGUUGGUUGACUAUAAGCUCAUUGAGAUUGUUAAUGGUGAAUACCACUGUACACCCUAUGGUAAUGCAAUGACAAGACAUUAUAUUUUAUUCAAUACAAUGAAAAUGUUUGUCAAAUGUCCUAUGGGACUUUCAGUUGCAGAUAUAAUUGUUCUAUUAUCUAAAAGUGAAGAAUUUUCUACAAUAAGAUUGAAAAGAACUGAAAAGAAACUUUUUAAAGAGAUUAAUAGCUCACCCAUACUUAAGUUUUCUGCGGGGUCUGAUAAAAAACAUUAUGUGGCUUUAAAUGAAGAAAAGAUUAAUCUUUUGAUACAGUAUGAGCUUGGUGGUCUUGAAUUCCCAAACAACUCCGAGUUUUUCAAACUUCAACAAAGUUUUAAGCAAGAUAAAUUUUAUGUUUUCAAGCACAUUGGUAGAUUGGCAAAAUGUUUGGUUGAUUGUUUUCUAGAAAAAGGUGAUUUCAUCUCAUUGUUUAAUUGUCUAUCCUUAACUAGGUGUUUGAAUGGUAAAUGCUGGGAAGAUACUCCAAUAGUUUUGAGACAAUUAGAAGGUAUUGGUAUAGCUGCUGUGAGACGCUUCUCCAAUCAAAACAUUUCAUCAUUUUCUGAUGUAAAUUCAUUACCGGCAAAUAAAAUUGAGUAUUAUCUUAAUCAAAGACCUGGAUUUGGUGUCAAAGUAUUGAACGAUAUCUCUAACUUACCAAACUUCAUGGUAGAAACAAAUGUUGUUUCCUCAAGGAAUAAAAACAACUCAUUAUUGGUGAAUCUGAGAAUCAACUUAAGUUGUGUCGUUAAGAUGAAUUCAUGGCAUGGUAAACCUAUCACUGUCAAUGUGAUUUCUGGUUUAUCAACUGGUGAAUUGGUGGAUUUUAGGAGAGCUCAUAUUAGUAAGUUAGUUGGUAAUAAGUCGUUUUCAAUAGAAUUCCCAAUAAAUUUCCAAGAUGCGCUAUUAACCACGAGUAUAUCGUGCGAAGACAUUGGUGAUACAUCCAAACAGAGUACUUUUGAAAAAAAUGGAAUAGAUAAUGAUGACGAUGAUAAUGGUUUUGAUGAUGAUUUUGAUGACAUGUUGGUAGAGGCUACUAGUAAUACUAAAAUCAAUAAGUCUAAGAAGAUAUCCAAUCAGAUUCAAACAGAACCCCAAGAAUUGGACAUUAAUGGAAAUGUUAAAUGCAAACAUGCAUGUAUUGCUCCCUCAACAAAAAGAUCCAAAACUAAACAAAAUCAAGAUCAAGAUACAAAACCAUCAAAAGAAUCUAAUAGUUCAAAAUUGAAGGAAAAGAAUUCUACAAAUUCUAAAAAUGAUAAACAAUUGACUGGUGUUGGAUUGUUAAACAAACUUCAUGAAAAGGUUAGUCCAAAUAAUACAAUUACAAAGCCAACACUUUCAAGAUUUAAAUACCUAGAACCUGAUCUAAGUACACAUGAACCAGCUGUACAGCGUGCUCCUGAUAACACAACAACUAUAGACACGGAAAAUUCAUCAGAUGUUAUUUCAUUACUACGAGAUGCAAGACUGAGAGGUAAUGUAUCAAAAGAUAAUAUCUUGAAAGAAACAAUUAAUGAACCUGAACCAUUUGAAAUUAGUAGUGAUAAUGAUGAAUCUGAAUCAUCAAUCUUGAUGAUGGAAGCACCUGUUGCUGACAAAAAAGUCAUUGAUAAAAUUCAACCAACUAAUAUGAGAUCUGUUGAUACAAAUAACGAUGUAUAUGAUGACAUUUGGAGUGAUGAACCUUUAGAUAAUCAAGAACAAGGAGAUUCAUUAGAGUCUAUAAGCAUGGGUUCUAUUCCUGAUCACCAAAAUUUUAAAUCAAAUUCUGUACCAGUUGAUAAACACAAUGAUCUGAAUCCACAAGCUGGACCUCUUGUUUUUGAUCAUGAUGAAAAUGAUUUGAAUGAAUCACAAUCAUCAUUCAGUGGAUUAGAUGAUAUACUUGGAUCAGAUGUUGAAGUUGUUUGA